AUGAGACGCGUCGAAACCGCGUUUCCAUCUCAGAGGCGUUUUGAGCAGGGACAUCCAGGAGGUGUUUUAAGUGCCCGGGUCGGCUUUGUGAACAGUGUGAUGGAUGUUUUAAAGGGGCUCCAAGAGAGCUGUGAGCUUUCAUUUACCAAGGCUUUCCAGAAUCUCGAGUCCAAACUUGCAAUCCACGAGGCGGGUUUAAUUGAAGCCAAGAACAACGCCGCUAUUGCCAAUGAGGCCCGUCAAAAGGCAGAAUGCAGAAUUCAAGAAUUGCAAAACGAGGUCGCGGCCCUUCGAGAAGAAUUGAGCCACUACGAUUCUAAACCAACAGAGCUUGAGCCUCCCGUCAAGUGGGCUGAUCUUGAACGCGACUUUAAUCCAGAGCAUAUCUGGGCAACCAGACCCACUGAAACGGGCCAACUGCGGAGAAUCCUUGAAGGGAGCUACCGGAAUCUUUACAAUAACUUGAAGUUGUACAGUGAAACUUGGGCGGAUCUGAAAGCACGAGUCGCGCAUCACAAAAAGAAUUUGGCAUACGUGAACACCAAAUUCCGGCGUGAUAAAUUUACAUUGAUCGUUGAUGGCGAGCCGGUCACAUUCCGGCGAGUUCAAACAAUACCUCCUGUUGGCGAUAUCGAUGGAUCCGUACCGCUUUCCACAUCUGCCAGAAAUUCAUUGCCAUCCUCGAGGAAUGACCAGGAUUCAAAUGUUACAAGAUCUACUAUCGCCACUCAGAACUCUUGUUUGGUAGACACCAAUAUCAAAAUUAAGCCGGAGCCACAGAGCCAGAAUCCAGGGCUUUUCGAACAAUCAGAUCCAUAUGCUACCCAAUCUUCUCCAACAUGUGAUUCCGAAACCCUGGAUAUGCUUCCUCCCUUGCCAGACUUACAAGCUCGGAAGAGAAAAUGGGCUCCUUCUGGACCAGUACGAGUGAAGAACGAACCUGUUUCCUCGAGUCCCUUGCACUAUACAACAGGGCAGCCGUUCAUAGGCACCCAGGAUUUAGAUGACAUCGGGGACUCUGUAAAAACUCCAACAAAGAAGCAAGCUUACCGCGAAGUGCACUGGGAGGAUUCUGUGCCGAGUGACCAAGACCCUCUGCCAGACCGGGUCAGUCAACCUACUGCUCUACGACCGGUUGAUGGCAAUACGCGGGCCGCCAUUACCCCUGGUCAGAGAGUGAAGAGGACAAAAACUAUCAGUCCCCAUGCGCUUUUAUCAAUCACGGAAGAUGGUGAUUCCGGCGAUCAUACCUAUUCACAUUCUCCAGGCCGUUCGGUACCCCGUGCAGCAUCCAAAUCGACACCCCGUGCUCAUCUGACCGAAAAUCAGCUACAGGGUCUCCUGGAAAAGCCAACGCCUUCUAGAACACCCCUUGCACCCUCUCAGAGACCUGCUGACCAAAGUACCCGGCAUGCCCGGGAGUCAACCGCCUCAAGGGAAGCAAGACGGGCAAAAUACACAGUCCAAGAGCCUUCGCAGUUACCCGAAGAGUCUGAUAGUCAGUUUCCACCGAAUGUGGAUCCAGAAGAUGAACCUUACAGAGCACGUGCUCUCCACCGACUCAGUCUACAACACUUCAAGCUCAAUCCGGAAAGGAAUGAAGGGCUAGAUUAUGCCUUUAAGGAUGUUGUUCGCAACAAAGAUGACCGCAGGUGUUUGACCGGUUGUACACGACCCGACUGCUGUGGUCGCCAAUUCCGCACAAUGGCUCGGUUUGGUGGAUUACCUGCCAAAUCCCCUGCGGAGCAGAAGCAAGAAGACCAGCGCUUAGUGGAAGAGUUUGUGGGAGACGACCAGCAUUUACUGGAUGGAAUCAAUGAGAAAGAGCGUGAAAAACUUCUUGUUGAAGCACGAACGAGAGCUCUUGCAAACCAAUAUGGCAAGCAUCGACAUACUCACCAACGUCCUCAAUCGCCUCCUGGGUUCUGGCGAACCGAUAUGCCUUCGACACAGGAACUCGAGGAGGACAGAGAAGCUGCUCGAAAACUCGAGCGAGAGAAAGUAGAAGAACGGUAUCGUGAGGCUAUGCGACCUGGGGGUUUAUGGACAUGGGCAGAUGAGUGA